AUGAAUAUGCUUGAGGAGUCCGGGGUUCACGAUGAGGUGUAGUUUCAAGGCCACACAUUGCAAGGGUUUCUGGAUGGCACACCCAAGAGAGGAAACGCCCAAACUGAUAGUUUCAAGUCUUCAGUGAUUGAGGCAAUCGAGCUAUGCCAAAGUGGUCUAAAAGAGAGGUUUGGCUCUAUGCUCUGUUCAGUGACGGACACUCAAGCCUUGGUGUGUAGUACCACCAGUGAAGUGGUUAAAGAUAUGCUCAUUUUUAACGUAGAUGCAUGGCCAUGUGACACGCAAGAUCUCGUUCACUUUGGUAAUAACAAGAUUGAUGGCCUGACCAGCUGGUUUAAACCCACACUACAGAAGGCUGGCUGUGAUUUUGAUUCAAUUUCUGAAGAGUGGUUUUCACUCAAGGUCCUCAUCAACACCACUUUCCUUGACAAGGAUUACACAAGCUUGUGGGAGAUCAUGCUUACCAAGCUGCCGUACAAAGACGACUUCAAAAAUCUUAUUCAUCUUGUAGAAAUCAUGCUGGUUCAGCCAAUUUCACCCGCCCAAUGUGAGCGUGCCAUCUCCGCUCAGAACAGGGUCAAGAAUAGCCUACGUGUUGCCCUUGGAUCCUCCACACUUGAAGAUUUGAUCCGAAUUACAGCAGAAGGCCCAUCGGUUGAGGAAUUUCAUCCAGCACCUGUGGUCGACAAGUGGCUUUUAAGGGACAGGGAAGCGGGAGAAAGGCAGCGGCGACGCAGUUUCAGAAUGACAUGA